AUGUCAGUCAAGAGGAAUGGGUGCAGCUAAUGUCUAUGCCUGUAAUGUCAAUUUGGGUCUCAGAUUGCAUCCCAAUGUUUCGGUGUGAAGGCAUCCUCACUCCUCUCCAAACGCAGAAGACUCACACUAUGUGGUUGUCGUAGGACGCAGCUAUUAUUUUACUUGAAACAACAAUGAAAGUGCACCUUCCUACAGUAGGCAUUGCAUACUUUUUUCUGAGGAUAGCCCAUUGACAGUAAAAGGUAAGCCAGCCUACCGGAGAGACCAAACCAGGAGCAUCCGUGCACUUUUUCGUGCACUUUCCGAGGUAGCCUAUUCUCGGGCAGCAUGCUGCCUAGGCUAUUGUAAAGGCACUGACAGCGCAGGUACCAACAAUUUUUCUCAUUCCAUUUGAACCGGAACGUUAUAACUUCUGGAAUUACAUCUAACGGACCUCGCGGAUUUAAUUUGGCGAUUUACUUGACAGAAGGAAAUUGUUUGCUUAGACCUACAUUUUUAACAUAGGCUACCGAUCUUGGGCUCAUCAUCAUAUUUUAAAUAUGUUCAGGAAGUGUUUGGUCGCGUUCUUGAAUUUUUCAAUUCUGGUGCGUGUGUUGAUGUCUCAUGAAUGUACGCCAUGUGAUCUCCGGACGUGUCCGCCGAAAGCCUGCGAGAGCGGUCGGACUCUGGCCAGGGACCCGUGCGGAUGCUGCGAUCAGUGUACCCGGAUGGAGUGGGAGCCGUGCGCCGGCCAGGACUGGGCACUGGGAUACUGCGCCUUGGGACUAACCUGCGCGGCUGUCAACCAAACGGGAGCUGUAACGCUCCCUGAAAUAGGAGUUUGUAAAGUUCUGCCUCACAGUCCGGAGGCUGGGUUGGAGGAUGAGCGCUGCCCCCUGCAGACAGGCUGUGACAGGGCCGGGGCCAUGUGUGUGUGUGACGCCCGUCACUCCUGCCUGGGCUCCUUCAGCUACCCUGAAAUGGAAUCCUGCAUGAGGGCCAGCAAGACAGAAGGCCGUAGACAUGAGUACCAGGAGAGGCACAGGGAGAAGUUUGUGGGACCCUCCGACCCAGCUUGCAUGUUUUCUGGGUGCAACCUGACAGCACAGGGCUGUGUGUGUGAAUCCCAGAGCUGCCACUAUCACUCCUCCUACAUCAACCGCAGCCAGUGCCAGGAGGCCGCAGAGGAGCUGAAAUGUGCCGCGACCACAUGUCCUGCCCUGCCGGUGCCUUCCUGUCCUGAGGGCUCGGUUCUGACCAAGAGCUACACUCCCCCUGCUGGCUGCUGCCCCACUGUGCCCCCCCAGUGCACCUGUGACCUCCGGGCGUGCCACAAGCCCCAGUGCCCCUCCGGCCAGAAGACUGUACCACUCAGUCAGGCCACUGGCAAGCCAGGAGACUGCUGUGACAUGUUCGAGUGCCAGAAAGUUUCUCCCAAGUGUGUCCACAACGGGAAGGAGUUUUCAGAGGAGGAGGUGUACCGUAUGGACCCGUGCUGGCUCUGCCAGUGCCGAGGAGGAAUAUCCUUCUGCUCUAAAGCAGAAUGUGCGGAACUCGACUGUGAGAACUUCUACAUCCCGGAGGGAGAAUGCUGCCCCGUAUGCAUAGAUGUGGAGCUCCUGUCUAUGGAUAGCACGGAGGCCAGCUGCUGGGUGAACAACAAGCUGCGUGGCCACGAGGAGCAGUGGAAGGAGGAUGACUGCACCUUCUGUCAGUGUGUGGAUGGAGACCCUCACUGUACCGCCAUGGCCUGCAAACAGAGCUGCCAGAACCCAGUCAAGAUCCCAGGAGAAUGCUGCCCCUUCUGCGAGGAGCCUUCGUAUGAGACAGUGAGCCCCAUGCUGUGUCCUCGUCUGGAGAACUGCUCUUUCUCAGGGAAGGACUGCCCCUACGGCUUCCAGCAGGACAACAACGGCUGCCUGCUCUGCCAGUGCCUCAACCAUGAAUCCUGCCCUGACCUGGGGACAUAUUGCUCCCUGCAAUGCCCCAUGGGAUACGAGAAGGAUAACUUUGGCUGCGAGGUGUGUGAGUGCAGCUCUCCAAUGCCCAAGUGCCGACCCCUGACCUGCAGCAAGACCUGUCCCUACGGAUAUGUGAGGAAUAAGCACGGCUGUGAGAUGUGUCGCUGUGUCAAGUGUCCCCCCUUAACCUGUGAUAAGAACUGCAGCGAUGGCUACCGGCAGAACAGGAAGGGCUGCUCCAUUUGCAUGUGCAAAGAGAGUGACCACCUGCCAAGCACCACUGCCCCCGCCCCCAUGCCCAGCUACUGCCUGACCUCUAACGGGCACCGCUAUGAGGAGGGCGAGAGCUGGCACGACGGCUGCCGAGACUGCUACUGCCACACUGGGAGAGAGAUGUGUGUGCUCAUAUCCUGCCCUGUGCCCAGUUGUCCCAACCCCGUGGUCAGGCCUGACCAGUGCUGUCCCACUUGUGAAGAUGAGUCAGGCAGUGGUCAGCCAGAGGGCAUGGACCUGGUGGUGUGUCGAGCCCCUGGGGGGAAACUCUAUGUGGAGGGAGAGACCUGGAACCUGGAUGAGUGUACACGCUGCACCUGCAGGAAGGGCCGUGUUCUGUGCGAUACUGAAGUGUGUCCCCCUGCUGUGUGUCAGGCCCCAACCAGGAACAAGGACACCUGUUGCCAUGUCUGCCCAGAGGACAAGCAGGGUCCCCAGCUCCCGGUGAGCACCAGUCAGCAGGAGUACUGUAUCUCCAGCGAGGGAGACGUGCUUUUGGCUGGGGACACCUGGAAGGCCAAUGCCUGCACCAGCUGCACCUGCAACAAUGGAACCAUUCAGUGUUUCUCCCAGCGCUGCCCGCCUGCCAACUGCAGGGUGCCCGUCCUGCGCAAGGGCCAGUGCUGCCCUCACUGUCUGGAAAUAACAACAACGUCUGUUCCAAUGAUGGUGUCGACCAAGGCCCCCAAGACCAGGGUUACUACCACAGUGGACAACACAGUCUGGAUCCCCACUGUCACUUUGCCUCCUAUCAUUGCUGCUACAGAUGGGAACAGCCUGGGAGAGAACAUCCCCAGUCAAACUAGGAUGGCUCUCAUCUACCAAUCAGCUGCCUGGAUACUGGCCGGUCUCCUCCUGGCCAUCGUCAUCUUCCUCAUUGUGGCAGUCCUCAUUAACAAGAAGAAAAAGUGGGUGCGGAUGUCGUGCUACAGCGCCCCCAAGAAGACUGUGAUCCUGAAGAAGCAUGUGAAUAAGAACUCGGUGGUGUACAUGGAACCUUCAAAGGAGAACAAGUUCCAGAGCAUGAAGAAUGACUGUGGCAUCAACUUCUCCCCAGAGAUGAGCUCACCAUGUGGGGAGAGGAUGCUCAUCCCCCGGGUCAAGCUGAGUACGGGCCAGGUCAGGGGACAGCUCUAGACCCCCCUCCCCCUAAACACCAACUCCCAUUCACCAGACCACCAAACUCUACACUGCCCAAAAGGCUACCAAGCACCUCCUCUUCUCUUUCUCACAUUUUCACGGUGAUCGAUCCAAAACAAUGCAAUGCAACUGCCUGUUGCUUUAUCAUACUGCUGGUACAGUGAGGAGAGACUGUGGAGGCAGGAGGAUGUGGCCAUUAUGGGACUUUGCCAUACAGUUCACCACAGACAGUGACAGUCAGCCAGAGAGGCUACUAGUCAGCCAGAGAGGCUACUAGUCAGCCAGAGAGGCUACUAGUCAGCCAGAGAGGCUACUAGUCAGCCAGAGAGAGCUCUGAAAUGUGAACAUGAUCAUCAUCGCUUCUCGCCUUCUCUGGAACUAGAACAUGAAACUAACAGGAGGAAUAUAACAGCUUUAGGACAGGGGUUUGGGUUCUAGUCGAAGGUCUCUAGUUUGCUCUUUUCUAUGUGCCGCAGCGCAGCACUCAAUUCAUCAACAAUUGUUUUAGUGAUGCCAAUUUAACUGGUUUUCCAGUUGUAAUCAAAAUUGGAUGGGAGGGUAAGUCGAUUAUCAGAUGAAUGGCUAGUUCCAUGACUCGCUCCUCUCCCCAGUCAAUGACUUUGAGCAGCAUCAGAACCCAGCAGACUAUGGCCCAGAAAAAAAAGAAACCCAAACUCCUGCUUUAGAACGUGUGGUUUCCAUCUUAGCUUUUUUUAAAUAUAUUUCUAUGUGUAAUAGUUGUAGUGUUUUUCUUGGUCAAGCCUAGUUUUUGUUAUGGAAGUCUCCAUGGUGGCAAGAUUAAAACAUUGUAAAUGCCAGACUAAACAUUCCCCAUCGAUGCAAAGGAAUGACACUCUUCUAUUCCCACUUACUGUAGUGGUUUCUGUCUGCCUCAAAGGUGAUGACCAAAAUCAUUCCAUUCUGAAAACAACCAACCACCCUGGGAAGAGGGAAAACAGUGUGAAUGUAUUCUGCCUCAGCUGUGAAGCCAGUGUGUCUGUCUGUAAUACAGUAAAGUCCUUCAUCCUUCUGUACUCAAUAACUCCCUUUAGAAGGAAUCAUCCCAUUGGCUGGACUUCAUCUAGAAAUGGGAAUGGACUUCAAGAUUAGGUGGAUUAAUACUAAUCCCGACUGAUAUUUUAUAGCUUGCAGAUAAGAGGACUCAUUACAGGAAACUACAGAAGCAGUUCCAGACUUUCUGGAGUUACUCAUGAGGAAUGUCAACAUACAAUAAGCCUCACUUAUAUAACUUCAUUUACAGCUGUGCGUAAACAUGAGCUACUGUUUCCAGAGAAUGUUAACAUAUACAUUAGUAGCCUUUAUUUUAUAGCCUUAAUGUUUUUCAUAUUUCAUUGUUUCUCCUGUAAUGACGUAUGCUAGUCCAAUUUUGGUGCAAUUUGUUGUGCCAUGUAUUCCAUGCCAAGGUAACCUGACUGAAGGUCUCCCCAUUCCCACCAGUUUAUAACACAUUACAAUGAAAAGGGGCAAGGGUCUCAAGGAGACUCUGCUAUGAAAUGCAAAUAAUGGUACAUUCCAACAGCGCAUGUUCAUAAAAUGUAGCACUUUUGUUAGGAUCCAGUGUUUUAAAAAGCUGUGGAUGAGAUUCCUGGCGGGAUAAAGGCCUAAUCAGGGAUUUGAUGGGCAUAUUUAGCACAUGGAGGUGAUGAAUCACUCAAGUAAACAUAAUGGUGCAGCAAAUUCAAGGCUUAUUUAACAAUCUGAUGAAAUAGAUGUGAUUCAGAGCAUUACAAAACAGACUGGGGUUUAUUAGGAAAUCUUUGGAUCUGAUUUCAUAGUUACAUUGCCAGUCUCUCGAUACAAAGACCAUUGUGAUGCCAAAACUGUGUGGAGACAAAUAUAGAUUUCUAUUGAAGAGUUUCAAAAGUAAUUCCGUAGAUUUGGGUCCGUUUGAAUCACAACCAUGUGUUUUAAAUGAAGGUAAGAGGAGUUAUUUGUUUUUCCUAUGUGUAAAAAAGGUAGAUAAAAGUAGGACAGAAGAGUCCCUUAUUUAUUUUUUCACAUAGCUUUAUUUAUUAAUACUAAAGUAUAGUUUGAGUUAAUGACGUGUUUUUGGCAAAUGAACUUGGUAGCCAAAGCUGCUGUACAUUUUAGAUAUUGUAAGCCAUUUACCAUUUCCAUCUGCUUUGUUUUUCAAGCCUAUUUAUUUUACUGUUGUAAACUGUAAAUACAUUUUUCUUUGCUGUUGAACUGUAACAUUUAUACUUAUUUUGAAAAACAAAAUGUGUGAACAAAAAUUCUUUACAUUUAACAUUUGGGAAGACAUUUCAGUGCUUGUGACAUUUCCAUGGUGAAAUGUUUGCAAUGAAAAGUGUGACGGAGCUGGCUGAUGCCCCGUGCUUUUAAAAGACUGGAAAUCCCUACAAAUCAAAUAAAUAUCAAUAAAUAUCAACAUAGCAACAGUUGGGUUCAAAAGAGGUAACAUAUCAUGGUUAGAUGUGACAUCUGUUCCUUUAUCUACUCUUGCCCAGUGCUGCCAAAGGGGAUCUGCUUCCUGGGCUCCCAAGUGGCGCAGCAUCUCAGUGCAAGAGGUGUCACUACAGUCCUUGGUUCAAAUCCAGGCUGUAUCACAUCGGGCUGUGAUUGGGAGUCCCAUAGGGCUGUGCACAAUUGGCCCAGCGUUGUUCUUAACUGACUUGUCUUGUUAAAUAAAAAAAUCUUCUCACUUA